AUCAUCUUGCUCAGCAGGGCUGCUCCACAAAACUGUUACAUAGGAUUGCACAGAAUAAGUCGGGAUCACGGAACACGAUUACCAGCAGAUAGUAAGACCAUCAAGGAAGUUGUUGAGAAAGUCUUUCAGCAAUCCCUCGACUUGGCGCGCAUCGACGAGUUGGAUUGGUUAGACGCUAACGUUCCAAAUUCGGGAGGUCUAGUAUUGAAAUAAAAUGGUUGAAUAUCUUCGUCACUUGUUCACCACUACUUCAAUCAUUUUACUUAGAGCCGAUGUCUACAUAACUCGAUUUGGCAUACGAUCCAACCGCAAUCUGAGCAUGUACUUUGAAGAAGACGAAUUCACGGCGUGCGCUGAACUGUAUCAAGAUCCAAAGCGAUAAUAUCAGUGCACAUACCCAUGUCGAUGAGCAUCACAAUCCCUCUCCUCACUGUACCGUUACCAAGCCCGUAGACUGGCGAGAUGACAUCCCUAGUGGAAGAGGGGUCUGCUCCAGCUUGUCCCGUUGAAAUCGUGGAACACAUCCUCGACUACUGUGGAAGUGUUAUUGUCUACCGCCACCAUUCAAGUAUGCAAACCUGGAUUGUGUUCUGCGAUACGCUUCGGAGCUGCGCUCUUGUCUGUAAACCAUGGCUUCCUCGAACUCGCUACAACCUCUUCCGAUUGGUUAACUUAAUGAAAUCACCCUCGCUCAGCCGUCUCAUCACGGCUUUGAAGAGCAACCCACAUCUCAGGUUCUUCGUACGUGCAUUGAUAGUCCGCUAUGUGGACAUUUCACCAUCAGUGUUCACUAUUCUUGCCGGACAUCUACCACGUCUUCAAGCCAUACAAUUAGGCUUCUCCGGUCGAUUCACGGAUGAUAAAUACUUCCCAAAAUCCCUCGCUUUGUAUUCAAAAAUCACCAUGCUGACUAUAAGUGUAUGUAUGCAUGUUCGUCACAUACGUCGAAUCUUACACGCACUACCGUCUCUCGACUUUCUCGAGUUCACCAAGCCACCUAUACAAGAUGAUCUUCUCGCUGUCGACGGGCUCCAUUACAAACCGCGCUGUUGUAUAUCGGUCUUAGUCACGACCACUACGCCUAUUAUUUCUGCAGACCAUGGGGGUCCACCCAGAGAUAAGGCAGCUUGGCAUUCACUAUACAGAAGCUUCUUGCAGACACCAUGGCUGAUUUCUGGGGUCAAACGUUUUCAUAUGGAGAUUGUUGGAUCGGCACCGACCAUUGCAAGGGAUGCUCAGAUGGUAUCAUCAUUGCUUGCAGCCAUCUGUCCCUCACUCGAAGAAGCCUAUAUCUAUCUUGACAACACCAGGCACGUACGGAUUGCACAUCUCUUGUCUUUAUCCGAAAACACGAAUGUCCGGCAUAUUGGCAUCUUUCUCCAAAGACUGUAUCCAGAAGAAGUCCCCGGCCUCGUCAAACUUCUGUCGACCAUCUCAUCUCCUUAUCUUCGCAAGAUCUCUUUCACUGUUUGGAAUGCCUUCAAACUCCUCGGCGCUUUGGAGUGGGAAUUGCUUGACGAGGCUCUUUGCGAUGCUCGCUUUCAAAACCUGCUUUCCAUCGAGCUGGUCUAUCCUGUUUCCUUGAAUCAAUUUGCAAGCAACAACCAGCUUCAUCGAUGUGCCUCUCGAGGACUGGUAGUUGUUCGUGGCAGCUCUCUCAAAACUGAGGAUUUGAACCAUUGCUGGAUACAGCACGCGCCCGAAUGGGCUCGAGAGCUGUUAGACUGAUCAUACGUCCAUUCAAAACGAACGGUGCCUUGAGAUAUUGUAUAAUGAAUGGCGUGCCUUUCCUGUCUUAUUAUGGGGCCUCUCGCUGCAGGAUAUAUUGUUAGGAGGACUCUCCGUCAUGCCAUCGCUGGUUGCAAAGGCUAGAUGAGUACCACUUUUCGCGGCAGUGCGAGGUAUACAUCUUCAAUAUUUAGAGGGAGAUAUGUGUUAAAAAUGGCGGUGGCGCAUCGCAAUUGGGAGGGCAGCGUUCAAUGAUGUUGAGAUAAAGCCCACACAGGAGGCGUCUUAACCAGUUCAGCGAUUUUGCACUAAUGCCAUGGGUGAGUAGACUCUAGUCAUACGGCGAAGAUGUUACACAGUUUUCUUCUACGGUAAGCGAAAGGAUGUCCUUAUCAGCCAGGCCUAAUUCCUGCUUGAGCCCUGUAAUCGCGGUCUUUCCAAUUUGCAAGAGUUUGUAGUUCAAUCACAACGUAUCAUUGUAGAGUGUACGAGACAUAUGGGAGAAAGGGGUGCAGAUAUAUUCUCUUGUUGCGUGCAGAUAGAUUGCCUUGUAC